ACCCCUCAAACCUCACCGGUGAGGUUUUUGAAGAAGAAUUUCAUGAGAAAAAACAAUGCAAUGAUUUGGUGUUGAAGAAUCCAUCAUUCAUUCCAUCUAUUGGUCUAUUCUUAAUUCUUAGUUGGAUUAAAAGCUAACAUUGAUGGUCUUCUAAAGAAGUUCAAAGGACGCGGACACCAGAACAAAGUUAGAAUAACUGAAGAAAUUAUAUACAUUGUAAGAUUUAGGUAUGGUUUGGAACAUGAACAUGAACUCCAUAAUCAAUGAGACUCCUAUUCGUCCAUCGUCGAGAUUUUUACCAGGGGCAAAAGCGCCUACCUAUAGUGACGUCAUGGAAGAGUUCCGUAACAAUGGGGUCGACUUACCCUAUGAACCAGAAACCGACACACUUUUAAAUAAAGGCUUAUCAGGCUUUGGUCCAGCUAGAAAGUACCUCACCCAAAGAUCGUGCCCAGAAGCUAAAGACAUAUACCCGACUGCAUCCAACUACGGGAAUAUUUCUCCCCUAUCUUUUGAUUCGGGGAUUGGACAACCAAAUUCGCCCAUUCGGCAGUCGGAGGUUUCUUUUCCAAAUCAAACAUCUUCUGGGAUAAAUAUGGCCACACGUGUAAAAGAACCUCCAUAUGGCCAAGAUUCACUAUUAUCCGGUGAAACAGCUGUUGGUAUUCUGCAGAACUACCUGAAUGAGGAGCAGAUUCAGCUGCUCAACACGAUACCCUCGAAGGCUCUAUACUUCUUUAUAAACUACUAUAGGAAGAUUGCCCCGAAAAAUAAAAUUGUAAAGGAUAAGACAUGUCGCUUUUGCAAGAACAAUGGUGAGUGUGAGUCGGUGUAUCGCAGCCACAGACUGCGUACGGAAGGGAAGCUCUCGUGUCCCGUACUUCGACAUCUCGUGUGCGAGCGCUGUGGCGCAACUGGCGAUGACGCACACACCAUCAAAUACUGCAAAGCUAUUACUCCUGAGGAACGUAGACACUACGAGUUGCUUAUGUACAACAGGCGUUUGACCUCUGUUACUCGCCCUUAUGCACGCCCCAUAUCUGGGGAAUUAGACAGCGCUUUUAUGAAGGAAGUUUCAACUAGUUUCCCACUAGAGGGCUCUUACCUCAAUGAGCUACCCCCGCAGUGGAUGGAAUUGGAAAGGAAAUUAUCAAUGCAAUAAUAAACAGCAUAAUUUUAAAUUCGAAUCAAAAAGGUCAAAAUUGUGUAUUUGACAAGUGAAACUUAAAUCUUACCUCAAGACAUCUUUUUGUUAUCGUAGUUCGCGUAUUCUCUAAUAGAUGGCGCUCAGAACAAUUAUGUUCAAAAGUGAUUAUUAAUGUUUGACUUGAAUUAUUUGCAAAUUGACGAAUCUGAAAUACCUAUAGUUAUAGCUAUAAAAUGGUCGUCUUAUGUUUUCGCAUUUGCGUUAUAUGUAUUACCAUCAAUUUAAAGACAAUACACUACCUUUAUGUAUUUUCUUUCAUAUAUAAUGCUUUAUGACGCGAUGGCUUUACAAUACUUUUCUACGUCAAAUUUUGCAUAAUUUGGCGGGAAAAUUUUGGUAUUCUAAAACAAUGAUAAUAAUAAAAUUAGGAUAAGGAUAAGAAGA